AUGGGUUUUGGAGCCAAUCACAAGUCGGAUAGCCACACGGAGGCCGCGCCCAUCUUUUGGCCCCGCCCACAGCCCCAGAACCGUUACCCGAGCGACUGCCGGGGCUCUUCCCGCCCCCGGACCCGGGUGCCAAUCGAAGAGGCGUCGCCCGGCCUCGUGCGCCUCGGGGAACCCGACGGCGCCGGGCCCGGGGAGCCGCCCGCCACGCCCGCGGGACUGGGAGCAGGAGGAGACCGCGUCUGCUUCAACUUGGGCCGUGAGCUUUAUUUCUACCCCGGGUGCUGUCGCCGCGGGAGCCAACGGUCCAUUGACCUCAACAAGCCUAUUGACAAGCGGAUCUAUAAGGGCACCCAGCCCACCUGCCACGACUUCAACCAGUUCACUGCUGCCACAGAGACCAUCUCCCUGCUGGUGGGCUUCUCGGCUGGCCAGGUGCAGUACCUGGAUCUCAUCAAGAAGGACACCAGCAAGCUAUUCAAUGAGGAGCGUCUGAUCGACAAGACUAAGGUGACAUACCUGAAGUGGCUCCCUGAAUCGGAAAGCCUGUUCCUGGCGUCUCACGCCAGUGGCCACCUCUACCUGUACAACGUCAGCCAUCCUUGCGCCUCGGCCCCUCCCCAGUACAGCCUGCUGAAGCAGGGCGAGGGUUUUGCUGUCUAUGCUGCCAAGAGCAAGGCGCCCCGCAACCCGCUGGCCAAGUGGGCAGUCGGCGAGGGGCCCCUCAACGAGUUUGCCUUCUCACCUGAUGGCCGACACCUGGCCUGCGUCAGCCAGGAUGGCUGCCUGCGUGUCUUCCACUUCGACUCCAUGCUCCUGCGGGGGCUCAUGAAGAGCUACUUUGGGGGCCUGCUGUGUGUGUGCUGGAGCCCUGAUGGCCGGUACGUGGUGACAGGAGGUGAAGAUGACCUGGUCACCGUGUGGUCCUUCACUGAGGGACGGGUGGUGGCUCGGGGCCAUGGCCACAAGUCCUGGGUCAAUGCUGUGGCCUUUGACCCCUACACUACACGAGCAGAGGAGACCACAGCAGCGAGUGCUGAAGGGGAUCGGAGUGGUGAAGAGGAAGAGGAGCCCGAGGCCACCCGCACCAGCUCGAGUGGGGGAGUCCCACUGUCCCCGCUGCCCAAGGCUGGCUCCAUCACCUACCGCUUUGGUUCGGCGGGCCAGGACACACAGUUCUGCCUGUGGGACCUCACCGAAGAUGUGCUCUCCCCGCACCCGCCCCUGGCCCGUACUCGCACGCUCCCUGGCACACCCGGAGCCACGCCACCCGCCACGGGCAGCUCUCGGGGUAGUGAGUCAGGCCCAGGCCCCCUGCCCCGCUCCCUGUCUCGCUCCAACAGCCUCCCACACCCGGCAGGUGGUGGCAAGGCCAGCAGCCCAGGCACAGUGGCAGAGCCGGGCACUCCAUUCAGCAUCGGCCGCUUUGCCACCCUCACGCUGCAGGAGCGACGGGACCGGGGGUCCGAGAAGGAACACAAGCGCUACCACAGCCUGGGCAACAUCAGCAGGGGCGGCGGGGGAGGCAGUGGCGGUGGCGACAAGCCCAGCGGCCCCGCCCCCCGCAGUCGCCUGGACCCUGCCAAAGUGCUGGGUACCGCGCUGUGCCCACGCAUCCAUGAGGUGCCACUGCUGGAGCCCCUUGUGUGUAAGAAGAUCGCCCAGGAGCGGCUGACCGUGCUGCUGUUCCUGGAGGACUGCAUCAUCACCGCCUGCCAGGAGGGCCUCAUCUGCACCUGGGCCCGGCCCGGCAAGGCGUUCACAGACGAGGAGACCGAGGCCCAGGCAGGGGAAGGAAGUUGGCCCAGGUCACCCAGCAAGUCAGUGGUAGAGGGCAUCUCCUCCCAACCAGGCAACUCCCCAAGUGGCACAGUGGUGUGAAGCCGUGGAUGUCGGGGGUCCCCCACCCCAUGCCCCCAACCUCCUAGCCAUAACCCUCCCUGCUGACCUCACGGAUCAACGUAUUAACAAGACUAACCAUGAUGAAAGGACUGUUCCAGCCCCCCGCCCUGCACAAAUAUUGGGGGUCCUCCAGACUGGCCCACAUACGGGGGAUGUAGCAGCCCAUGGGGCCUCAACCUUGUCCCCACCCACUGCCAAGUACAAUGACCCCUUCCAUUGAAACAUCAGUGUUAACCCACACCCCUGUCCCCAGCAUGUGACUGGUCAUUCCUGGGGAGAACCUCCCCACCACAAGGAGCUCCAGCUCUGCAGCGCCCCUGGGCUGAGGGCCCUCACCCCAGCCCACCCCACCCCUUGCUAUUGUCUGUGCUUUUGAAGAGUGUUAAAUUAUGAAAGCCCCCAGGGCCCUCCUUGUCCCCCAUGACCUCUUAUUUAUACUAAAGUUCCCUGUUUG